AUGCGACACUGGGCAUCGCGACGCCCUGUCUCAGAUGUCAUCGAAGACCUCAAAGUAUCCUCCAGAACUGCCAGUGACUGGUACAGUUUUUGUCGCGACGUGUGCCCGUCCGACAUGCUCAAGUGCGAAAUGAAGAUUGGUGGAGUGCUCUCCGUUGACGAGAUCGACAAAACGUCGCUCAAGAAGAAGUCCAAGUACAAUUGCGGAAAGCGGCAUCCAGGGUGUUUGCUUUUUGGUGGAGUCGACAGAACGACGAAGAAGCGGUUUGGCGUACUGACUUUUGAAGACCGAAUCAAGCGUACGCUGUCUGCUCUCAUUCGAAAACGCGUGCGACCCGGUACGUUGAUCAUGUCGGACUAA